AUGAGUUCGGUGAUUCAAUUUGUGAAGUCUUCACAAGACUUCGAAGCGUAUCUAUCAAAGAACAAAUAUGUAGUGGCCAAUUUUACGGCUACUUGGUGUGGACCAUGUCAACAAGUGAAACCAAUAAUAGAUGCAUUGUAUACGGAUGAGACAAAUGAAAGGAUAGAGAUCGUUAGAGUGGAUUUAGAUAGCCACGGCGAUUUGGCUUCUCAGUAUCAAGUCACCAGUAUUCCAACCUUUGUUUUUUUGGAAAGUGGCAAAGAAGUCAACAGGGUUACAGGGGCCAAUGUUCCAGAGUUUAUGAAGCAAUUUCAUUCGAUGAAAGAAAAGGCGGCCAGCGACGAAGUUGCCACUAAGAGGGUUGGAAAUGGUGCGAGUAGUGCUUCUGUUUCGACCUCUGCAUGGAAGGACAUUGCUGAUAAAAUUCCCAAAGGCUUUGAAAUCUUGAAUGGUUCUAUUUAUUUUGGUCAAUUCGAAGCAUUGAAUGCAUUGCCACUCUACAAAGGUGAAAAUGAUUCAGACGUGAAAAAUCUCUUCAGACUCGACUACACGAAGGAAAACAGUACGGUAUUAUCAGAUGCUGAUUCUCAGUUGUUGUUUUAUAUUCCAUUUACAAACAUCUCCAAAGUUUCCUCGAUCGUACUCAAACUUAGAAAGGAUAACAAAAUCGCCUCGGACGUCGAAUUGGAAUUGGAUGAGGACGAUUUGAAGAACGAAUGUCAAAAUCCAAGCCUUAUUAAGGUCUGGCUCAACCAACAUAGCAUUAUGUCAUUCGAUGAUGCUUCUGCUGACAUCAAUGCCCCACAUAUCGAAAAAAUUGCGGAAUCGAACGAUGAGAUUUGGUACGAAUGCAAAUUGAAAUUCGUCAGAUUCCAAAAUGUCCAAAGCUUGAACAUUUUGAUCGACGGUGAUGACGAAGACUAUCAUACUCUUCUUGAUAAAGUCAUCUUCAUUGGUGUCAAUGGUGAAUCAAAGGAACAGGCUAAGAUCCUGAAAUUAGAUGAUGAAUAA